CAACCAAACAACCAACUCCCUUUGGACUUGGAUUGGAGGUAGCUUAUUAUUUCAGCCAACUAGGGAAUAGGGAAUAGGGAUAGAGAGAGAUUGAAGAAGAGCGACAGUGAGUGAGAGUGGAAGGAGGAUCCCAAGUCUCAGAAAGUGAUCCAUGGAUCCAGACGCUUUGUCGAAAGCAUUCGUGGAGCAUUACUACACCACCUUCGAUACCAAUCGGGCUGGCUUAGCUAAUCUCUACCAAGAGACUUCCAUGUUGACUUUUGAAGGUCAGAAGAUCCAAGGCUCUCAGAAUAUCGUCAACAAGCUCACAUCUCUCCCUUUUCAGCAGUGCAAACAUAGCAUCACCACCGUCGAUUGCCAGCCUUCCGGACCUGCCGGCGGUAUGCUCGUUUUUGUCAGCGGCAAUCUCCAACUAGCCGGGGAACAACACGCUCUUAAGUUCAGUCAGAUGUUCCAUUUGAUGCCUACACCACAAGGAAGCUUUUAUGUGUACAAUGACAUAUUCCGCUUGAACUAUGCAUGAGGAAGGAUGCCCGUAUACACUGAACGUCCAAUUCCAGAAUGUGCUUGUCAAAAUUUAUUUACUUUUUGGUGUUAAAGAUGUUAAACCAUUUGAAUGCUUCUUUCCCUCCUUGAGAACAAGGAAAUCAUGUUUCUCCCUAAGAAACUCUGUUGGCUGGCUAUAUUGAUUGUCUGAUAACCGUAAUUGGAUGAAUUGGUUGUAUAUGGCUUCGGUUGAAUUAAGUGCGCUGUGAUGGCUGUUUUGUGUGAUA